GCUCUCCCGCGUCUGGGUGUUCAAGCUCCGCGCGCGAGCCGCGCUUCAGCCCCACGGGCGGAAUCCGCGCGCCCUGUGUCGCUUCUGCGUUCCGUCAUGUUCCCGGCCGUCUCCUCUCCGCGGACACCGGGGCCUGGGACCCGAAGGGGCCCGCUGGGCGGAGUCGGGCCGGGCUCCACGCCCCGGGCGACUAGCAGGAAAGGUCUGUCCUUGGCGUCGGCAGUCAGCUCCCCGGUGCUCUUUUCGCCGGUCGGCCGGCGUAGCUCGCUGAGCUCGCGAGGAACACCUACACGAAUAUUGCCACACCACUGUGUAACUGAGUCUAUGAACUACGAUGUGAAAACAUUUGGAUCUUCUCUUCCUGUUAAAAUAAUGGAAGCCUUGACAUUGGCUGAAGUUGAUGAUCAGCUGACUGUUCACAUAGAUGAAGGUGGAUGGGCUUGUCUGGUCUGCAAAGAGAAACUCAUUAUUUGGAAGAUUGCUCUGUCACCUAUUACUAAGUUAUCUGUUUGCAAAGAACUUCAGCUGCCGCCUAGUGACUUCCACUGGAGUGCUGACUUGGUGGCUCUCUCUUAUUCUGAUACUGCAGGUGAAACACAUUCUACUCAGGCUGUUGCUGUCAUGGUUGCCACCAGAGAAGGAUCCAUCCGCUAUUGGCCAAGCCUUGCCGGUGAAGAUAUCUACACAGAGACCUUUGUAGAUUUGGGAGGUGAUAAGACUUACAGUUUCCUAACAGCAGUGCAGGGAGGAAGUUUUAUUUUGUCCUCAUUGGGAAGCCAGCUGGUUCGGCUGAUACCUGAUAGUUUAGGAAAGAUUCAUCAACACGUUCUGCCUCAAGGACAAGGCAUGCUUUCAGGAAUUGGUCGGAAGGUCUCUUCUCUUUUGGGAAUUUUAUCUCCAAGUAGUGAUCUCAUCCUUUCAAGUGUCCUUUGGGAUAGAGAGAGAGCAAGCUUUUAUAGCCUGACAAGUUCAAACAUCAGUAAAUGGGAAUUAGAUGAUUCUUCAGAAAAACAAGCACAUAGUUGGGAUAUAAAUAGAGCCCUUAAGGAAAACAUUACUGAUGCUAUUUGGGGAUCUGAAAGUAACUACGAAGCUAUUAAAGAAGGGGUCAACAUUCGGUAUUUGGAUUUGAAGCAAAACUGUGAUGGGCUCCUGAUUUUGGCAGCCGCAUGGCACCCAGCAGACAAUCCAUGUCUCAUUUAUUACUCUCUGAUAACAGUAGAAGAUAAUGGCCACCAAAUGUCUGAUGCGGUAACUGUAGAAGUCACUCAGUAUAAUCCACCUUUUCAGUCUGAAGACUUGAUCAUGUGUCGGUUGAUGGUCCCAAACUUUUCAAAUCAGACUGCCUAUCUGUAUACUGAAAGUGCUGUCUAUGUGUGUGCCACAGGAACUGGGAAGUUUUCUCUCCCUCGGGAGAAAAUUGUCUUUAAUACACAAGGAGACAGUAUUUUAGGAGCUGGUUCCUGCGGUGGUUUUCCUAUCCUUUUUUCUAGAAACAGUGGGUUGGUGUCUAUUACUUCAAGGGAAGGUGUGUCCAUAUUAGCAGAAGAUCUUGAAGAUUCCCUAGCAUCUUCAGUUGCUGGACCCAGCAAUGAGAGUAUGGUUUUUGAGGCUUCUACAAAGAAUGAAACCAUUGCCCAGGAGGAUAAAACCAAAUUGUUAAAAGCUGCUUUUCUGCAAUACUGCAGAAGAGUUUACUCCCCUCCCUGCCUCUCAUUUUGCAUUCUAGAAAUGGCUGAGCAGGAGCGCUUUCUCUUGCACCAGGAGACCCUGCCUGAACAGCUGCUGGCGGAGAAACAGCUAAGUCUCAGUGCGAUGCCAGUGCUGACGGCCCCUCAGCUCAUCAGCCUGUAUAUAUGUGAAGAAAACAGAAGAGCUAAUGAAUAUGAUUUCAAGAAAGCUUUGGACUUGCUGGAAUAUAUUGAUGAGGAGGAAGAUGUAAAUAUAAAUGAUCUAAAACUGGAAAUCCUUUGCAAAGCUCUUCAGAGAGAUAACUGGUCUAGUUCAGAUGGUAAGGAUGAUCCAAUUGAAGUAUCUAAAGACAGUAUAUUUGUGAAAAUCUUACAGAAACUUCUAAAAGAUGGCAUUCAGCUCAGUGAAUACCUGCCAGAGGUGAGAGACCUCCUGCAAGCAGACCAGCUUGGAAGCUUAAAGUCUAAUCCUUAUUUUGAGUUUGUUUUGAAAGCAAACUAUGAAUAUUAUGUUCUGGGACAAAUGUAACUUUUUCUAAAAAUGGUCACUGUCCCUGAAAAUUUGUGUAAGCAUGUCCUUAUAAAAAUCUUAGGCCUUAAACAUCUAAAAAUUUGUAGUUUUAUAACAUGUAUUGAUGAAUUUUGUAUACUUUAUUUGAAAGCUGCUACAAAACAGCUGUGUGACUGAAUGUAGUUUUGGUGUUUUGUUACAAGAUAUUUUCUCUCUUUUUUCCAUCUAAAAUGUAUCACUUGUUAUUUCCA